CACUCUUCAUUCACUCGCUCGCGACCGAAUAAGCUCGUCGCUCGUUCAGUGUUUCGAAUUUUGAAAUCGUGAUUGUGUUUUGUUUAUUUUAAUAAAAUAACUCGUGGAAAUGGCGAAUCUGGCGCUUUUGGUUCCCGUGCUGCUGGUAGCUUUAUUCAUUAAAGAAGGAGAAUCCGUGCGCUGCUGGACAUGCUCGUCGGACCUCCACAACAACUACUGCUCAGACCCCUUCAUGGCCGGCCGGAUCGACAAUCCUUACGGCGUGCAGCUGUCCAAUUGUGACGCCAACACCGGCGCCACCUACCCUUACCUCACCUCGUCCAAGUCAGCGUGCAAGAAACAGAGGAAAUAUGUAAACGGCGAGCUGGUGAUCUCUCGUGGCUGCACAUGGAAGCGGGCCGACGACUACUCCACGACCUGCCCGAGCACGUCCAACGGGCCCAACGAAGUCACCUCCUUCUGCGAGACGUGCGACUACGACGGUUGCAACGGCGCCGGCGCCCUUGCGAAGACUGCUGCGCUAUUGUUGGCGCCGCUUGCGCUUCUUUUGUUUAAGUAAACGAAUUGUAGCUUUUAAGGUGCCUUUUGAACGCCAGUGAUAUCAAGAUUUUAAGCCUAAUAUAUGAAACAUAAAAUGAUCACAAAACUUAGGCCAGUAAGAAUUAUUUCUUUAAGCCGCAUGAGCUACUGCAACUAUAAAGAAUGUAUGUCUCUAUGAAUAUUAAAAAACUAUUAUCUACCGAUGUUGGAACAGACGGGAAGAACCGUCGUUAAACACCCUAGUGGCCUAGUUGUUGUACCACGGCUGUUAAGUUUACAAACACCUUUUGGUGUAUAACAUAGUUAAUAUAAUGUGGCGUUCAAAAGGUUAAUCAUAGCCUGAACAGACUGGUGUGCGCGAUCAGCAAAAACGAAAUAAUGCACACAAAAAAGUGGAUAGGAAACGAAACACUUAAUAAAUGCAGUCUUCGCUUGUCAGUCUUUUCGGGACCUGAUUCUCGCGGUUUUGUUUUAGCAUUUGUGAUAUGGUAUUCCGGUGAUUUGAUACAUAGGUGCAUAUGAAUAUACAUGUAUACUAAGGCAGCUAUGGUGGACUUGCCUUAUGAAAAAAGAUUACAUAGGUAUGAUUGUGAAAUUCGUCAUGUGUUGCAUGCUUUAACGUAGUCAACGUCGACUAUCAAAACAUCGGAAAACUUCGCUAACUAUGACAAAAUAAUUAUUUAUUACAUAGCAGUACCGCCAGUAAAUAAAGGGUCACAGAUUACCUUAUUACUGUAAGUAAAAAUAAUGACAUCCUCUUUCUUAGCUCGCUACACUUCCAUUAAAAGUACCAAAUUAGUUACCCACCGUAAUAUAAGUUACUUCAUUAUUACAUAAUAACACAAAGCUGUUUUUAUUCGCUGACUUAUUGUUCGACAAAGAUUUGUUAUUCGAAAUGUUUAUAAACUUUUAUUCGAACAAGCCUUUGCUGUGCCUUACUUGACUGUUUUUUUGUAGCUAAUUCCAGCAUUUUAAUGUAUUUUUACAUACCUACCAGUGUACCUAAGUACGUGGGUUAGGCCUUAUUCGUACUUGAACUUUUACGUUAUAUUUGUAGAUAGCUUGAGUAGUGAAUAAAGGUAUAUUGUAAGAAGCACGAUUAAAUAUAUCUAAGAAUAAAUCAGUUCAUUACAUUUUACAACAGCAAAAUUAAUAUGAAAAACUUUAAUAAGUAAUAAAUAAAUGUUAGUUAAAUGUAUGAGUUGUAAAUAUUGUGUUGAGUUUAAUAAUAAUAACAAAGGGUGUUUUCCAUUUAAAUAACGUAACGGUAUAAUGAUGAUUACCUACGUCUUUUGCGGGCGUACUUUUUGAUUAUGACAGUUUUAAAAUUAUUUUUUGUAAAUCUAUGUUUAUUUGUUUAAAUUAACUACCUGGACAAUUUUUACUGAUUUAAGAAAGGUGCUAACUUAAAUAAAGUUUAACCUAGCCUAA